CGCUGGAGUAUGUACGCAUGCGCACCACAGUGGGAUUACUGCACAGCGCACUCUAAGUUGGAUCUUCUCUGUCUUCACGGAAACCAGAAAACAUAAAAGUAUGGCGAUCUUUAGAAUAAGACAAAAGAGCUUCGUGCGCGUCUGGACGUUAAUCGUGAUAGUGGCCGUGGUGUGCGCGCAAAGUGUCAAUGAUCCAAGCAAUAUGUCUAUCGUAAAAGAAACUGUUGACAGACUAUUGAAAGGAUAUGACAUUCGCUUGAGGCCAGAUUUUGGAGGUCCUCCGGUGGGAGUGGGGAUGAAUAUAGACAUAGCCAGCAUAGACAUGGUCUCAGAAGUGAAUAUGGACUACACACUGACUAUGUAUUUCCAGCAAGCCUGGCGAGACAAACGUCUGUCCUAUUCUGAGAUCCCUCUCAACCUGACGCUGGAUAACCGUGUAGCCGAUCAGCUCUGGGUGCCGGACACGUACUUCCUAAACGACAAGAAGUCAUUUGUACAUGGUGUAACAGUGAAGAACAGAAUGAUCCGUCUCCAUCCAGAUGGCACUGUGCUUUAUGGGCUCAGGAUUACGACCACAGCCGCCUGCAUGAUGGACUUGCGCAGAUACCCGCUUGAUGAGCAGAACUGCACGCUGGAAAUCGAGAGCUAUGGCUACACCACAGAUGAUAUUGAGUUUUACUGGCGAGGAGGAGACCAUGCAGUGACGGGGGUUGAAAGGAUAGAGCUCCCUCAGUUCUCCAUAGUGGACUACAAACUCAUCUCUAAAAACGUGGUGUUUUCCACAGGUUCGUAUCCUCGCCUCUCCCUGAGCUUCAAGCUUAAGAGAAACAUCGGCUACUUCAUUCUGCAGACAUACAUGCCUUCCAUCCUAAUCACCAUCCUGUCCUGGGUAUCCUUCUGGAUCAACUAUGAUGCCUCGGCUGCCAGGGUUGCUUUAGGUAUCACCACUGUGCUGACCAUGACCACCAUCAACACACAUUUGCGGGAGACGCUUCCAAAGAUCCCAUAUGUCAAAGCCAUUGACAUGUACCUGAUGGGUUGUUUCGUCUUCGUCUUCCUGGCUCUGCUGGAGUAUGCGCUGGUCAACUACAUCUUCUUUGGCAGAGGACCACAGCGGCAGAAGAGAGCUGCAGAGAAAGCCUCCACAGCCAACAAUGAAAAAAUUAGGAUGGACCCUAACAAAUGGUUGGUGGGAAAUGUAGUUCAGAGAGACGAUGCUCUAUAUGCCAGAAUGAAACAGAGGGAUAUUGACGCGCAUGACUCCAUGUGGGAACCCAUCUUUGUGGAUGAUGCAGCAUUAGGACUAGGCGAUUCAAAAAAUAAGAUGGACCCCCAUGAAAACAUCCUUCUCAGUCCUCUGGAGAUCAAGAAUGAAAUGGGCACAUCGGAGCUGACCCUGAGUUUGGGCGACCCCCGUGCAACCAUGCUGGCCUUUGACAGCUCCUCGCUGCAGUAUCGCAAAGCCGGCCUGACCAGACACAACUUUGGACACAAUGCGCUGGAACCUCACGUGGCUCAGAAGAAGAGCCGACUACGACGGCGCACUUCACAGCUUAAAAUCAACAUCCCUGACUUAACUGACGUCAAUUCAAUCGACAAGUGGUCGAGAAUGAUCUUCCCCACCGUAUUUUCCUUCUUCAACGUCGUCUAUUGGCUUUAUUAUAUCAACUAACUGGAUAUCGGGGCUGUCCGAGAAGCGCCACUUAUUUUUAUGUCAGUAUACUCUUCCGUCUGAUUUCGCAAUACAAGCAGGACUUACAGUACAGUGUGUUGACAAAUUCAAAUCAGGACUAAUUCUCUUUGACCCUGGGUUCACCUUAAUUGCUGGCUGACACCGAUCCUCUAAAGAGGUUAAGAACAAAUGGUGCCUGCUCUAAAAUUCAGUAGUUUUUAAUGCGUUUGAAGGUGUUGUUCAGAGUUUCCUUUGCUAGAUUUAUUUAUUUCUUUUAGGAUUUCUUUUAGAGCAAGAUGCAUUGUUUUGUUGCAAAAUUAUCAAAACAGUUACUGCCGAAAAUUAUCUUUAUACAAGCAGAAAUAUCGAAGUCUAAAGACGAAAAGUGGAUGUCUAGAGUUCUUCCACCUUUUAAACAUUUCUAAAAAGAGCAGCGCUUGGUAAUUUAAUAUUUAUAUACCUAUAUUUAUUUGUAAUGUUUAUUUUUUUUUCACAGUCUAUUGAGUGAAGAUACAUUAUGAAUAAUUCUAACAUUUUCUACUUCUCUACUCACAGAUGAUAGUUUAUUUAUCCAAGACAAUUUAUUAUACACUUUUAUGUAACUUCAUAUAUUUUGAUAAAACUUAUCACUCAAAUCCUCUAAAUUUUAUUCUCACCUUAACCGACUUUAUAUUUCCACUAUGCUUGUAUCGAGUUUAAUUUCGAUAUCUAGCGUGCCAUGGAAAUUAAAGACAUUAAUACUAAUAACACAAAAUCAGUUUCUUUAUAGUACUCAUGAAUUUAAUUUGUUAUUCAGCUAAUCUGUCCGUUAGCAUUCCCACUCAUCUUAGCAUUCCCAUGAGCACUUGAGCUGUAAAUGCCAUGCGAAUGAUUAACAUUCUGUUGUAAAGCGCUUCGAUAAGCAGCGAAAAUCCUGCGCUGUGACAUGAAUGGCAACAGACAAGGGCAAAAUAAAUUAAAGAACAUGGCACUUGCAAAACAAAUAUUUGACAUUUCAUAAGAUUAUUUCCUUCAUUUCUAAUAGCCCUCAAUUGAGAAAUAUGCAUUUGUCUAUAAAACGAUAUAGUUACAUCUACCAGCGUGGGCUAGCCGAAUGCUGACCGGCCAAAGUUUGACAUCUUGUGUGUAGCGUCAUCCUAUCCUCACUCCUGCCCAAAAACAGACUCAUGGUCAAGCGCCCUGAACAUCACUAUUAAAACACUAACGGUUCCCAAUGCCAUCACUACAUAGACAAACUACUGUAGGAACACCAUUGAUUUUAAUGAGAAACCUGUGAUGGAAAAUACAUUGUUAUGAAAUUACAUUUUGGUGCAUUUUUAUGACAUAAAUAUUUUAUUAUAAUUAAUAUUAUUUUCAGUUGAAAACCCAAAUUAUGGUUAAAUACUUUAUUUUACAUUACUGUACUUACCCAAGAAAUUAUUGGUAGUAUAAGGUAGCUGGGUGGAUUCAGGUUAGGUUUAGGGGUCGGUUCAUUGUUAGUACCUAAUUAUUACCAUUUAUUGUAAUUAUAAACUUAUAAAUAUAUAUACAAUUAAUUUCUACUUUUACAGAUGUAUGCCAAGUUUUAAAUGCAUAAUCGAUUUGGGUCCUACUUUAUAUGAGGUGUCUUUAAAUAAUAUUUACCUACUUACCACUAAAAAUUAUCUAUUGUUACAAUUUAUUUUAUUUAUUGAUACAAUGUGCUUAUUGUGUACAUGUUUGUAUAGCAAAACACAUUUGCUGCUAUUGAUGCGGGAUACUAUUAAUGUAAGGGACAGGUUUGGUGGGAGGGUUUGAUUUUUGGGUGAGUGGCUUAAUUAUAUUAUGCAACUACAGAAAUUAUAAAUGUCUCUACAUACAUUUGGAUAUAUACAUGUAUGUAUAUAAUAAGUACAUUGUAUAUAUUAAUCUUUUUUGUAUCUAUUGUACUUUUAUUAUUAUUAUUUUUAUUUAUUUAUUUGUUUUGUGUGUGAGAACAGGUUGGUAUUCAGGCUACUAACCAUGUGGUCCACAAAGUUAAUUUUGUCCAAGCAUGACAUGUGAGGAUGACAGACAGUUUUCUUGAUCAUUGUGUAACAUUUCGGAGGUAAAUCUGACAUAAACAGCACAGAUGAUUCUUUGGACUGUUGUACGGAAACAUUGAAGAAAUUAACAGAGAUUGCAAUCAGCAAUGUGAUCAGAACUUUCAACUCUCCAAUAACACAUUAUUUUUACAAAUAACACACACACACACACACACACACACAAUCCAAGCAGAUGAUACAGUUACACUGGAAGAUGUCUAGAUGAUGUCUUUUUCACAAGUAUUUCUCCUUCUCUAGUAUAAUCUGAUAACACUUCUUCAAGCAGUCUGUGGCGUCUGUAUGCAGUCUAAGGCUGAGACUAAGAUUCAACUCUAUUCUUUCUUGACAUAGGCGCUUUACACAUAUUGAAGCAUUGCUCAUUUUCACACUGAUUUUGUUUGAAAAAGCCAGCACUUAAGGAAACUUCCUCAAAGAAAAAGAGUAAACAAAAAUGAAGUCAUUCCUUUGUGUACUGUAAAUAUAUCUUGUAUAGGAUUGUUAAACAUGCUCUUUGUAUUCAGAAGAAGAGAGUAGCUCUGUGUUUACAUAUGAUAUUAACUGAAAACAGUGAAUUAUUGAGAUGGUGGAGGGUCUUGUGGUGCAGAACCAAUAUUGCAAUCUUACCAAGAAACAUGAUGAAAUGCAUCUAAAAGAGUCGGUCAGAGCUACGCAUCCUCCACCAGUGAGAAGGGCAUUGGGAAAUAGGUUAGCUUUACAAUGCUUGAAGAAAUAUAAAAGCACAAUACUGACCAGAUUUACAUAAGAAGGGUUUGUACACAUCUUUAUUUAUACAUUUACUUUUCAUUACAUGAAGAACUGAAUAAUUAUUAUUUUCUUUCUUUCUUUUUUUUAUAUACAGUAUAUGGUAUAGUGGAUCUGUCAUAAUCAUGUAUUAUUAAUUUGUGUAAUCCUGAUGGAUCUGCAUGUGAGACAUUUUCCAUCAAAGUCAGCAAUUGUGUUUUUAUCAUCAGUCACAGAGAAAAAAAAAAACAUUACGUAUCAUGCUCACCGAGAUGUAUUUGUAGUUUGGCAUUUUAUAUCUCAAUAUAUCAAGAAUCUAUGUUUUCUGUACUUUUAUUUUUAGAUGAAAAGACAACAGGGUUUAAACAGCAGAAUAAGUUACGAGCUCAAGGAAGUAAUGAUUUACUGUACAUUGAUUUUAGCAUCUUAUCUACCAUCUCCUUCAAUGGUCAGUAAUAACUAAAUAUGAAAUGAUCUUUUGAGACAUUAUUCAUAACCAGGAAACUGUGGACUUGAAAGAAUGACAGAAAUCAAGCAGCAUUAUUUAUUACUCAUGUUUAAUCAUGCAUCCCUCACAUCUGCAUGCAAUACUGGUACCAAUCAUUCAAAACAAUAUUUUCAUAUUCUAUAUAGCUAAAUCGAUUCAACAGAAGGAACUAGACAUAAAUUAGUAGUAUUUCACUAUAUGAAGAGAUAAAACAUGUUAUCAUGAAAAGCAUAGCUUCUGGACUCAAGGAUCAGAAAUGUGUGAAUGCAUUGAAUUACCAGCCUGUGGACAGUUGAACAGGUUAUUAAUAGUGAUUGUAAAUUCAUAAUGAUGGUGAUUAUGUAACAAUUAAGUGUAACAAUGUGAUAUUUUCUGCUGUGCAUUUAUUGUCACAAUUAUUUGCGCAAUUUUAAUUACAAAUUAUCAAAUCAAUUCAUUUCAUUCACAUGUAUUCAUAUGUGCAGAAAUGUUUUUCUUCAUCCUUUGCAAAUUGUUGCAAAAAAAGUUUUCAGAAUCUGAUUUGUUUGAUUUCAUCUUAUCUCUAGAAGAUAUCUUGAUGAUAUACUGUACAUUGUUUAUGGAAAUGAUGUACGGAGAACUUGGGCAUUAGGGCUUAUUUUACUGAAUUCCAAAAAAAAAAAAAAAACAUUCUAGAUGUAAAUAUCAAUUAAGGUACUAAACAUCCAAUUGGAGCCGGGUGUUCGUGUAAAUACAAAAUACUUUCUAACAGUGUGUAAUGUAAUAUUUCUAAACUUUCUGGUUUGUACUUUACUCGUUAAAGCAAAGAUUACUACAAAGCAAUGUUAAUGAAAAAUACUUGGUGACAAAUCUAUAAUGUACAUAAUUAAAAACUUGCCACUUGCUCUCCUUAGUAAACACUUGUUAUUAUUAUUAUUAUUAUUAUUAUUAUUAUUUAUGCUUGCAUAUAGUCUAUAAGGGAAAGAAUGUUCUCAUUAUAAGUAAAUACCUUCUCGUUCUGUUUAAUCUAAAAUACACUGCCAUUCUAAAAGUUCUACAAUGGUUUCUAUUUUUUUCCCCCAUUUGUUUUAUUUUGUAAUUGUAUUUUCCAGCUCAGGUCCUAAAAAUGACUGGAUGCCAAUAUUAGGCCUUUUUAGCUGUUUUAACAGAUCAUUCUGUAUUAUUGUAUUCGUGUGUGGGAGACAGGGACGCAGAAACAAUUUAAAUGGUUUAUUACUAGUUUCUGAGAAGUAGAUAAAAUGCAAGUGCUUGGUAACUGCUUCGCUUUUGGUUUGUGCCUCUCAUUCUUUUAUUUUACUUUUUAUUUAAUUGAUUUUUAUAUAUUUGUAAUACUCCAACAAAAGCAGAAAGUCAUUUAGGAAUGACGGAGUAAAGAUGGCAAACUGAGAGUGUGUUUUUGCACAUGUUCACAGAUUAAGCCUUAGCUUCUGUUCACAGAGGAGGCGUAUAUAUCUCACAACAUCAGAAAACAGCACACCCUCUCUGACGCCAAGAGGGUCAGCAGAUGCAUAUGGACUGACAGGAACAAUUCUUGUUAUAAUCUUUGAAAAUCUAUGAACCCUCAAUAAAUACUGUACAAAACUCCAAAA